AUGGUAUGCAACUUCCAACACAGCCCUCGCUGCACCGCUACAUCAAGACCAGUGGCGCAAACACCCCAACAGAGACGCGCAAACGCAAAGUUCGCUAAGGACAACGAGUCCCGCAUGGGCAAGUCCGAGGAUCAGAUCAAGAAGCGCACCAAGGAGGCGCCCAAGUCGCCCAUCUCCCCUAUUUGGCUCAUCCUCCUUGGCUUCGUCGUCUUUGGUGGUAUUGUCUUCGAGGUCCUCUCUCGCAUGUUCGGCUUCUAA